AUGGAUAUUGCUAGCUUUGAAGAACGUGCAUCUAUUGCUGAGAAACUAUGCCAAGAUCUUGCAAGUAAGGUAGCAUUACUUGAAGAUCAAAUUCUAAUUGUAAACACAGUAUUACUUAUCAUGCUACCGUGUAUAGAUAAUAAUAGAGCAUCAUCCAAUAACAAUACCGAUUUAGUAUCUUUAGAUGAACACAAAAGAGCAUUGAAGGAAAUUGAAUCAUUAAGACAAGAGAGGGAUAGAAACAAGUACAGAAUCAAUCACCUCAUUAGAAUUUUUACACUCACAUAUAUAUUUAUAAUAACUAGAACUACACUUUUAAUUAACAGAUAUAAACAAAUCAAAAUUCGUCAUUUUAGUUGGAUUAACAGCAACGCAAUAAACAGCAUCAAUAACAACAGCAAUCAACAAAUGGAAGAACCACAAAAACACCAGCUAUCAAGAUUCUUGAAUAUAUUUCAAUACUUGGGUCCAGUUCAUUUGAAGACAUUGAACUCUUUCGUACAGAAACCAGCUGCCACCUUUGUACAGCAACGUGGUGGUAGCGAUGAUAUUGGAUUCGAUGGCGAUGCAAGACAGGGACAACAAGCGAUUUUCAGUCUGAUGGCACUGCUAGACCGUGCCACCGAUGAGCAAGUCGACUCGCUCCUCUCGGUACUGCUCUCACAGAUCCGUGGUCAAGUCGACCAGUCGGACUUGCAACGCGUACACACUAUCGCCACUUCUCUUCGUACUGACACUGCACCUCACCGAAGAUCACAUCACCAAGCUCACCGAUGCUCUCACCUCGAUCUUCCCGAUCGCUCCCUUCUCGCCCGUCGAGCAGGAUCAACAACAACGCACUCACAACUACUUGGUCAUCCUCCAGAAGCUGCAACAACUGAGAUCAACCAACACGGUCUCGGAUUUUCGAUUGCCAACCAACAGAUUUGCGAAACACUCGACCUGAAACCAGACGAAUACUACUUGGCGACCGCCUUGAGAUGUCUGCUACAGAUCGACGAGUCAUCGCUCAUCUCUCUCUUUGAGUCAUUCCCAAAGCUACAAUCACUACAACUGGCCCAAAUCGCUCAAAUCCCAUUCCACUCAAUAUACGAAGUUUAUGAACUGCGGGCAAACCUGUGUUCCCUCGCAUCAGCAUAUCAACAACCAGUUUUAGAUUUUUCAUACCCACUCCCAGACCCACAAAAAAAAGUAGAAUUGAAAAUAGUAGAGCAACCUCCCGAAAAAGCUGUCUACAAGAGAAAUAUCAAACCCGCACCCUCUGUUAUGUUUAAUGCCGAUUCAAAGAUGUUGGAUGGAAGUUAUUAUAUUCAUGCUGCUCUUGUGAGAUGUAACAAUUUCCAAGAGGAGCCAACCUUUAUGACUGGAAACAAGCCAAUCCAAGUCGGAAGUACCAAAGUUGUUGCCUUUAAGAAAUUAAAGAUCCUCGUCACCUCACACCAACAAGGUGAAACAUUGUUCUGUUUUAGAUUCGAUCUUCGUCGUUAUGGCUCUGAUCCAGAGACCAACCCAAACGAUUUCGAACACAUCGCCAACGUCGAUCUGCCACAAGUCAGCGAAGCCAUCCCACUCGGAGGACCAGCCUGUGGAGGUACCAGAGUUGCCAUUCUCGGUGCCAAUUUCGUAGAUACACCAGCUACACGUGUACGUUUCGACAGUGUAGAAGUCACACCAGAGUACCACUCUGCCGGAACACUCCUUUGCUACUCACCGGAACACGCUCCUGGUGUCGUAUCGGUUCGUGUUUCCAACUCGCCAUCGCACUGGUCGUCGUCGUCUGCACCAUACACCUACGAAGAUGAUUCUGUCAUCAACGCAGCCAACCAAGUUCUUCCAGAGCUCACUUUGCCAAAGUCUGCAUUUGGUCUCGACUUUUCCACAACUUUCUCUGCCCAGUUUGUCAUCCGUGGAGCUGGCGAUUCCUCGCUGCCUUCCAACUCGAUGGCCAUGAGAAAUCAAGCACCAACCUCACGUUUCCCAAAUACCAACUACAGUCUCGAUGUCCGUGGAUACUCGAUUCUCCAUUACGUUGCCACCUUUAGCGAUAUCAUCCCAGCAGAGGAAGCACGUCAGAUGAUUGCCGAGAACCUGCCCGUCUUGAACGUCCAAGAUAAAUACGGAAACACCCCAUUACAUUGGGCUUGUAUCUUCAAUGCCAUGAGCAUGAUCAAGUUGUUACUCUCCUUUGGAGCCGCCAUCAAUAUGCCAAACUACCAAGGUAUCGCGCCAAUUCACUUGGCAGUUGCCCACUCGAAUCUCGAAAUUGCCAAACUUCUCAUUAGCGCAGGUGCCAACGUGCAUGCCGCCGAUAUCGAUGGAGUCACUCCAUUGCAUAUGGCCGCCGCCAUCAAGACUGCCUCGGGAGUUUCCACUGCCAUCUUGGCUUUGUUGCUCUCGGUCGGGGCCAACAUCUACGCCACUGACGACAAUGGAGAUUCAUGUCUUCACAACAGUGUUCGUGAGGAGAACCUCGACACCACCCGUUUACUUUUGGAAUACUCCAAACGUUUGGAGUACAACCAAAAGGUAAAGAUCCAAGAGCUCGGAGGUUUCGAUUUAUCACUGGAAGACAGUUCACUCUAUGGCAGUACCAACGAAGAUGGUGAAACACCAUUGCAUCUGGCGGCUUCCAUAGGUUCUCGUGAGAUUUUACAGUUAUUGCUACAAUAUGGUGCUGAUCCAAGUUCGACUGACGUCGACGGUGAAACACCAGUCGACAUUUGCAACUACAAAUAUCCAGAGCUUUUAAAUGAAUUCAAAAAUAGAAACAACAACCAAUCAUCAUCAUCAUCAUCCGCCAACAAAUCAAUCAAUUUUAAUAACAACAAUCAAUCAUCCAAUCAAAACAACAAUAGAUUAGAUAAUAUUAAUUCCAAUGGAAAUGAUGAUAUUAAUAGUAAAAAGUAUUUCAACUUUGAUUGUAUAAAUAAAAUAAAAAAAGAUAACUACAAUCAAAAUAAUAAUAAUGAUAAUAUUGAUGUUAUUGAAAAUAAUAAUAAUGAUAAAGAUAAUAAAAUAAAUCAAAACAAUUGUAAUUUAGAAAAUAAUAAUAAUAAAAAUAAUGAAAAUGUAAAUAAAGAAGUUGUUAGAAAUCAUGAAAUAAAUAAAAAGUUACCAUCUACCUUGCCAAAAGAAGAAUAUUCAGUUCCUGAAAAUCCAAAUAUCGACAAAGGAUAUCUGCAGUCGUCUGAUCAAUAA